AUGAAGAAUAUUGCAUUUUUCAAAUCAGAAAACAAUAACAAUGAAGAUAAAAAUAUUCAUCAAGACAACAAAUUUCAAACCGAAAAGCCUCUGAAUCAGGAAACGACUGAUCAAUUCUUUUUUCCAAGAAAGAGAAAAUUUGAUUCCAUGUAUAAUGUCCAUCAACAUGACGACUAUAGUGAUCUUGAGAACGACGAUUCAAUGAAAAACAAUGCCCAAAACGUUAAAACUUCUUCAGCAUUUCAAAACCUAACAAGUUUUGCAAAGCACUCAUCAGAUAUUGAUCAUCUUGAAACCAAAUCAAUUUUCAAUUUUAUGAAGUUUGAUAAAUCAACCAACAAAACAGAGAAAUUAUCAAAUCAUGCUUUUCUUUUUUCUUCGGAUUUACAAGAUAAUAAUACUGAAAAUAAUUAUAAUCAUUAUUGCAAUAUAAAAAACAAUAACAUUGAUAACGACCAUAGUGGUCUUUAUAAAAAUGAAACACUGAAAUCAGAAAUUGAUUUAGAUCAUGAUUGUUUAAUUGAGCCUGAAUCAAACAAUAACUCAAAGGAUAUCUCAAAAGAUACCGAAAUGGAGACUGUAAAUAAUAAAAAAAUUGAGAAUCUGCCUAAAAAGAAAAUUUUUACCAGCUUCAACAAUUUUAACAGUUUCAACAAUUUCAAUCAUUCAGAAUUUUCUAAUAAUAAAACCAAUACUAAAUAUGGUAUUGGUUCAAUUCUUUUGAAAAAAAUGGGCUAUAUCGAAGGCCAGGGUUUGGGGAAGGAUGGCUCAGGUAUUAUUAAUCCCAUAGAAACUCAACUAAGACCAUCUGGUCUAGGUGUUGGAGGUGUUAAGGAAAAAGUCAACAAAAAUAAAAGUCAUCCUAGUGAUCUUGAUCUUGAUUAUGAAAAUGAAAAAUUAAAUGAUCUUAUUAAAAAAGUAAAUAAAAAGGAUUUAUCCCAAUUAAUUAAAGAAUUGAAAUCCAUGAAUUUAAAAAUUCCCGAUUCCAUGACAGAAAUAUCAAAACAAUUGGCGCUAAAAGAACAAAAAAGAAAACUAAAUAAUCAGGUUUUGAUUCAAUUUGAACAGAAAAACUUAUCCAAUGCCGAUGUUGAAUCGUUGGAAAAAAGUUUGCAGAAAAUAAAUUUGAGCUGGUCUUCUAUUCAAUCAAAGGAAAAAUUACUAGACUUUGAUAUAUCCAAAAACUUGAAAGAAAAAACCUCAAUUUUAUUAAUGAAAAAUUCUAUACUUAAGAUUACAAAAUAUAUCGAGGACAUCAAUCGAGAUAUGGAAAGUGAUUCCUUAAUUGAUAAAUUAAAUAAAUCAAAUACUGCAAUUACAGGCAUAAUAUCGGAAUACUCAGGAUCGCUCAAAGCUCUCAAUAGUGCAAAUCAUAACUUAUUUGAUGAAUUAAAUAUAAAAGAGCUAAUAUUAUCAAUUUGGGAACCACUCUUGUUAGAAAUGCUAAAAGAGUACUGGAAUGAUGAUGACAAUGAAAAUUUCUAUAUUGAUGAUGAAUCGUCACUUCUUUUCAUUAAAGCUCAAGUGUUAACAUGGAAAAAUAUACUAGAACCAUUUUUUAUUCUUAACAAUAAAGAAAACCACCUAUACCAUUCCAUAAACUUUAAUAAGUUGAAUUUCUUUGAAAAUUUUAUUGCCAAAAAUCUAUAUAAUAAGAUCAAAGAAUUUAUAGAACUGAAUUGGGAUAUCAACAGUUAUAACAUGCUAAUUUUAUCAUUUUUGAUGGAGAUUAAAGAAAUAAUACCGAAUCAAAUUUAUAAUUAUAUUCUAGAAAAUCAGAUUAAAGAAAAGAUAAUUGAAAAAAUUGAUAUAUGGGAACCCAGUUAUGACUUCAGCCUGAAAGAAGACCUGGAAAGCUUAAAUGCACCACAUUUGUGGUUAUUUGAUUGGUUUCAUUAUUUAAGUGAAGGAAAAGAAAAAAAUUUAAAACUAAUUAGCCUUUUGACAGAACAUGUUUACAAAAAAUAUUUUAAGUUUUUUCUUUUUUUCAAUUUCAAUAAUUUGUAUAAAAAAGUAUUGGAGUUUGAACCAAAAACUGGAGAUUUUAAAUCAGAAUUUUUUAUCAAUAUACAAGGGUUUUAUAAAUGGGCAGACCAUUUUAGUAAAGAAAAGUGCCUGAAAUUAUUUAAUUCAUCAUUCUUUCCAACUUUUAUAAAAUUUUUUAUGGCUGUGUUUAAUGACAGUGAGAUUGAAAAUAAAGAUGGGGCAUAUUAUCAAGCACCAUUUCAAAUAUUAUAUGGUUUCAGCAAGUAUUUUUCAUUAAUUGAUGAAAGUUUCCCUGAAAAAUGUGAAAUUAUUAUAAAUAGUAUUUUUUUUAAAAUUUAUUUUUUCCCUACGUUGAAAAUUAGGUUGGAAAGUUUUGGAAACAAUAAGAAAAAUCCCACAUUAUCUCAAUGGUUUGAAAGUUGGAUUGUUUAUUUUAACAGUUUUUAUUCUUGUCUUAAAACAAAAAAAAACCAUGCUUUGGAUUACGAUUAUUAUGAUGAAAUACCCGAUUCAACCAAGAGAAAUUUUGAGAUUGGUUUGGACCUAAUCAACAACUAUAUUGACCACAAUACUACCUCUCUAUUUAAAUCUAAUCUAACAGAUAAAUUAUCUACAGAAACUAUUAUUAAAUUAAUAAAAGAUGCAAACAGAAAUUCCCAACAUAAGCCAAAACCUAUCGAUGCUAGAUCUGUGCCAAUUAUGAAUUUGAUGACUACUUUUAAAGACAUAGUGGAAGAGUACUGCUCAUCUCAUGGUUUGUUUUUUUCUCUGCAAAAAAUGAUUACUGUUGAUGAAUAUCCUAUUUAUAUUAUAACCAGAGAUUUUGAUGGCAAAAAAGGGAGACCUUGUUAUAUAUUUGAAGAUGUGCUUUAUAUUAAAAAGGGUAUUUUAGAUGACGAUGUGGUGUAUAAUACAGAUAGUUUUGAGCCAAUAAGUCUAGAUGAGUUAAUGAAUGUGAUUUAA